AUCGUACCAGAAGUACGGCUCUGUAGCUGCAGCUGGUCGCCAUGCACCGCUCGCGGUGAAGUUCGUCGGCGUGAACGUCGAACGCGGUCGAAGUCGAAACGGUGCAACGCGUGGGAAACUUUUUUCUGGAAGGUUCCAGGCCGUGCUUCCAGCUGCCGCAGCAGAACCGCCGUGCCACAUCGCCGACUCUGUUCCGCGUGUCGACAUCCUGCUAGCCCCGUCACCCUCAUCGCUACGCUGUCUUCGUUGGCCGUUCGACGAAAUAUUCAGAGGACUACCAUUCCCCCGGUCAACGUCUGGGGGAUUCGGCUGCCGAACGGCACCUGGACCGGCUUCCUCGGAGAACUUCAGAGAAACGAAAGCGAUGUGGCGUUCACGCUGUUCACGCCGACUCUCGAGCGGAACGUGUUGGCCCAGGCGAGCGACCCCGUCGGUUACGAGGAGCUGGUCAUCCUGGGAGGCUUCAGCGAAGACGCCGCUCACCAGAUUAGCAUCACCGGCUCGUUCACAGUGUUCGGGAUGGAGGUUUGGUUGACGCUGCUUGGCUUUCUCGUCAUGAUGGCUUUGGUCGCAUCCCUGGCACAGAAUUCGGAGCACCAGUUCCUGUUCGACUUCCAGAACAACCUAUUCCGACUAUUUGCCAUCUUAUUCCUAGAGUGCAACCCACGAACGCCUCGUCAGUCGUCGGCGCGCAUCGUGAUAGCAUUCUGGUGGCUGGCGAUGCUGGUGCUGACCAACUUCUUCAGCGGCGAGAUGAAGGCGGCCCUGACCGUGCGUCAGCCGAGCGGUCACCGUGUCGACUCGGCCGCCCAGCUGGCCGCCCGCGACGACGUGGACGCGUACACCAUGCGUGGCACCAGCUAUCACCUGGUUCUGGCCCACUCGCCAAGGGAGCACGACCGCCAAGUUGCGAGCAAGCUGAAGCCGAGAUUCCGGGUCCCCUACCGACGGCUGUUCUCGCCGGCCGUGCUGGACGAAGUGGUCAACGGCAAGGCGGUCAUCCUCUCCGAUCGGACCUCGGCCACGUACCAGAUCACCAAGGCCUGCCAUGACUACCCGGGCCACGAGUUCUACUUCGGCCGCGAGCGGCUGUUGUCGCACAUGUUGGUCGUCUACUACGGCCGCCGCCGGGAGCCCGCACUGGAGAACGUCAUGAAGCAGUGGAACAAGAGGAUGAACUGGCUGACCGAAGCGGGCGUGGUUCGCAAGUGGCACGAUGACACCGAGUCCCUGGCCGGGGAGUUCUCGCGCUGCCCCAAGAUCCGCAUGGGUGAGGCGGAGCAGCUCGACUUCGAGCACCACCGGCCCAUCUUCGUCCUCGUCCUGGCUGGACACGCGCUCGCCUUAGUCGUUCUCCUGGCUGAGGUGCUGCUGGCCUGGCGCGUUGCAGCGCCCUCUGGAGCAUCCCGCAGUCCCGCACGCUUACCUCGCACAUACGCUCGAAGAAAUAAACGUUAGGGUGAGGGCCUUAAAGAGCAAGACGUAGCACAGUUCAUACCAGACUUCUACGUAACGGAUUGCGUGUAAUUCAUUGCUCGUGAUAUCUUA